UAUGAGGAUCUUGCACGCAGCCCAGGAAAUGAUGGAAGCCAGUCUGCUGGAAGCCGUCUGGAUAGAGAGGAUUUUUCACUAAUGAGAAGGAGGACGUUGACUAGAAGCUGUCGGGGUGGUACGUUGAGUGCUUGCAGUGGAAUGGGCCUCAAACACCUGCCAUGUCUGCUGCUCUGUGCGGCUACCCUGACAGUUUCUGGAGUUGUUGGUAGAGAUGGGAACAGCGAGGCUUACAGGUGGACCAGGCAGAGCCUCCCGGUGCUGCUGGACACGCACACACAGCUUUUGAACAGCCCUUUGUUCAGAGGGCAGCAGGAGGAUGAGGGAAAAGGAAGGGCAAAGACACUCUGUGGGAUAGAGUGCCAAGGCAGCUUACCACCUAUGGAACAGAGUGAGCAAGAGAGGAAUCUGGGAUAUGAGACGAUGUAUGAGAAUGGCACGCGCACGCACACAGAUGUCAGUUUGCAGGGCUUUAAUAAGACGUCUGCAGGAACAACGGCCCACUCGCAAACCCCUACCCGAAGGAAACGACAAAUAUACGGAGCAGAUGGACGCUUUGUGAUCUCUGAUUCGCAUUUUAUCACCAACUACCCGUUCUCUACUGCGGUUCGCCUCUCCACAGGCUGCUCUGGAGUCCUCGUAUCCCCGAAACAUGUGCUGACAGCAGCACACUGCAUCCAUGACGGGAGUGACUACUUAGAGAGUGCAAGAAGGCUUAAAGUAGGAGUGCUUCAGCUCAAAACCAAAAGGGGAAGAGGGGGAAGGAGGAGAGGAGGGCGGCGGAGGGGUGGGAGGAGAGGAAAGGGGCAGACAGGUGAGGAGAAAGGAGAGGAGCAGAUUCUGGAGGAAGGUGAGGAGCAGAAUAGCAUAGAUGAAGAUGUAGUGAGAGGCAGAAAUGGUGGCAAAGGUAGGAGACGCAGAGGAAGAAGAGAGAAAGGUCAUGUGGUAGCUGAUGAUGGGAGAGGGAAACGAAAUAGUCUCAACCGUGUUCGACGAAGUGUUGAACCCAGAAAGCAGCCUGUCUUCCGUUGGACGCGAGUUAAACAAACCCACAUCCCUCAAGGAUGGAUCCGCACCAAGCCCUCCACCAACUCGGCUUCCUCUGACUACGAUUACGCCCUUCUGGAGCUAAAACGACAAGUUAAACAAAAGUACAUGAGGCUCGGAGUGGCCCCCUCCGCCACUCCCCUGGCACGGAUCCACUUCUCAGGCUACGACGCUGACAAAAGCCUGCUGGAUGGCCGUGGAGACGAGAAGGUGGUUUAUCGUUUUUGCUCAGUGGCAAAGGAGUCUGACGAUUUGUUGUACCAGCACUGUGACGCGCAGCCCGGUGCUACAGGUGCAGGUGUUUACGUUCAUCUGAGACAGAAAGCGGGAGAUGCAGGCAGGAAAGGGAAGUGGCAGAGGAGGGUGAUCGGGGUGUUCUCGGGCCAUCAGUGGGUGGAGUUGGAGGGAGGUGAGCUCAGGGACUUUAAUGUUGCUGUGAGGAUCACUCCUCCUAAAUAUGCCCAGAUCUGUCACUGGAUCCAUGGAGAUCCAAGUCUCUGUAAAGAGGUCUGAACUUAAAGAACAAUGGAUCCACAAGAGAAAAAGAUCUGUUGUCACUUUCUAAGAGAGUCAAAGAUCAGGGCUGGCAUGCAUAAAACUUCUGGUCUUAAGAAUGCUCUAAACUUUGAUUUAUGAUUCAGAAAGUUCAUCGUAAAAAGUAGGACUUAGAUGCUUUGCAUAAGUGCAGACUGCCGUGUUUCUUAAUGUUUGUAAAGUAAGGACUACAAUCAUGCCCUCCUUCCCAAAAUGCCCUCCCUCAAGCACCGAAACGGCCAAAAGGGAGGCCCCCAGAGGUUAUGUCAUGGCUGCGUCACAGCUUCAUGUGCAGCGUGUCACGUUUAAGCCUACCCAUCAUUUUCUGUAAACAACAUUAUAUGUUUCAGUGUAUUGCAAAAUGCAAGAACAAAGCUUAUAAAAGAUGUUUCAAGUACAGUUAUAGUUACAAUAGCGAUAUGUGCUAUUUGGGAUAUUAUUCAUCAAAAUCUUGAAUUAAUCCAAAGAGGCUACAGUAGUAGUAGUAAGUGUUGACUUAAAAAUAAAAAAUUUCCUUAAGAAAAAAAAAAAUUGGAAUAAAUUCAAUUUAUAAUCUCUAUGUCAUUUUACUUUCAUGUUGUAUAAGAGUGUGGGUAUUAUAAUAUAUGUAUCUUUCAUUAAUUUCUCACCAUAAAUGUAAAAAAAAUGUAAAAUGUGCAGCCGCUUCAUCUGCUGCAUGACACUCUGAACUGUAAAAUGAGGGCAAAAUGACAUUUUUGCCUUUUUAAAAAAAAAAAAAAAAGGAUGCAAUUACAACCAAAAUUUCACUCUGAGCAGCUUUAUACAUACCAGCCCAGGAGUACUGAUCUGACUUGAGACCAGCUCACCUCUUCAGUGACAGCUUGUCAGGCCGCAUCAGCAAACCUGUAAACCAUGACUGCUGCAAAUGUUCCUGAUUCUGGAUCUGCAACCUGGUCAGCCAUUCAUCGGUUUAUUUAGAAAAUGUGGGAAAUCACGUGCGGUAAAGCCUUGUGAUUGACUCCAGAAUUGCUAAAAGCACGACUGUGUCUAAUUUUGACAUUAGUAAAAUACAUAAAUUCAGUUUGUUUUUUUGACAUAAUUUUAUUGUCAGCUUUUCUAAACACCACAGUUGUUUGUUUGUCUCUGAAACACCUAAUUUAUAAAACUGCAAUUGUCUGAAACUAAUUAUGUAAAGGGAAAGACACAAUUAUAAACUUCGCAAACACCUUGCUGCGUUUGCUUUUAUAUGGGAACAUGCAGUACGUAAGUUUAACUGGUGAUAGCCUGUCGGUCCUCUUUCACUUCAUGUUAAAAGAAAACCUGGAUGUACACAACAUAUAUAUAUAUUUAUAUAUAUAUGUAUACGUGUGUGUGUGUGUGUGUGUGUGUGUGUGUGUGUGUGUGUGUGUGUUUAAAAGCGUAAAAGCAAGCAACAAUGUCUUGUAUUGUAAUUCUGAACACAUUUUCUUGUAACAAAAAUAAUUCAUGUUGAUAAAAAAUAAAAAUGUUGAAUUUUCAAGAAACAAGCUAACAAAAGCAGACCACACAGAAGUGAUGAGCCGUGAGGAUUGUUUGGAUCAGUGUAUUUUUCUUUAAUUGCAUCUCAUUUGGACUCACAUGCAGGUGGGGGUGAGGGAGGGAGGGUGAUGCCAUCCAUAAUAACCUCCCCCAAAAAACAAAAAAAACAAAAAAACAUCACAGCCUUCAUAUGAAUACUUAGCAAACAUUAUUUAUCCACAUUCUUUUUGUUUUUAUCAUAGUCAUAGUCAUCUUUAUUUUUCUUUCAACACUUUGUUAAUGCCACAAUGGAUUAAGAUACAGUCACUUUUUGAAAUAAACAGCACACAGAACAUCCAGCGUAUACUUGAGUACUUUAAAGUAAGAGUCCUCAAGACUUCCAGUGACAGUGCAUGAACAAAUGUACGGACUGCUGUUGCGUCACAAAUGACCCAAAGAGGACUGAGGCCAAAUUCCAGUCACAUACACAGAUGCUUCCUUGUCUGUUUGAUUUCCACCCUAAUACUAAGUCGUUUUUGUGUGGAGACUGAGUCAAGGAAAUGAGCUCUUCGAGAGUGUUAUGCAGAAUGCAUCCCAGAUUGACUUGUGUGCAUGCUGCAAUGCAGUAUCACUCCACACCAGCAGAGGGCGCAACAGUAAACACUCAGGGCAAGGUCUCCAUUCAAUACUGCCUCUGAGUACAGAUUGAGAGGUAUGUACAAAGAAGGAGGGAAGGUUUUGAGUCUACUUGCUUUUUU